AUGCCCCGUCCCUCGAAGAAGGCCGCCGCCGAGGCCCCCAAGCCUCCCGUCGCUGCCGUUCCCGUCGCGCCCGCUCAGCCCGUGCAGCCCCUCCAGAUCCCCCAGAGACACAUUGAUGUCGAGGGUUUCAUUCGCGUCCGCGACUCGCAUUGGUCCUACGCGUGCCUCGGCUUCCAGCAACUCCAUCGCCCCAACAUCGUCAACACUGCAUCAGCAUAA